AUGUCAUCAGCUUUGCAGUGCACUGCUCCCUCCCCUUCACCCCCCAAUCCACCUUCAAACCAGUCGAUGGAGAGAUUAAGGAUUUGCAUACGGAGAUUACCGUCUUCGCUUUCGCACGACGAUUUUCUGGCAUUCUUGAAUCAGACCCUUGAUAAGGAGGCCAGUGCAAUCCUGAACACCACAGCGAUUUCCUAUGGCGUUGGAACGCCAAGUAAAUCCAAAACUUCAGCUGCCUCUUUUUCAUCUGCGGUAUUUCUUUCUUUCCAAUCUUCGGGCCAUCUAAAUCGAUUCUAUUCUCUUGUAAAUGGCAAGGCCAUAAAUAAGGAGGGAUGUAUCCCCAUCAUCGAAUAUGCGCCUAUUCAGACCUUUCCUCUGAUGCCACCUUCAUUGAAGGUGAAGAAUGACAUCUUGGAGGGCACAGUUGAAGAAGAGCUUACUCAGAAGCUCCCACCUGGCAAAGACACCGCCUCAAUGAGGGCCGAAAAGAUGGGCCCAGAAAUUUUCCAAAGACCAAGGUCAACGCAAAAGGCAUUUAAAUUGGAUUUGUCGCGUGAAAGCUCGAGCAACGAUCCCUCAAAACAUGUGGUGCUUCGACGACAGCAGACGGCCACGAUCAAUGGUGGGCCGAUUGCACCCAAUGUUGCUUUGCCCAACCCAGAAUACACAAAAGCGCCAGAACAAGAUGACAUUGUUGUGCGGGCCCAGCAAAUGGCUGAAGAGGCCAAACUAAAAUAUUCAGAAGCCUCGACAAAUGUUCCCGGCCAGAAGAAGAAAUCGGUCUCUCGAAAGCCUGCGCAUGCAAAUCUGCAAACCCCGGUACGGAAAAAAACCUAA